AUGGACGUUCGCAAACCAGCAAAAGACUUUCGCCAAUCUUACGUUCCUAGCAAGGACCUGAAAAAGCUCCUGGACUUGCCUGUCCAUAAAAGGAAAGCACCUCUUCUUCUGAAUUUUAUUCCUACGUACAAAUCCACUCUGCCCGACGUCCCGAAGAAAAAGAAGAAGAGUAUUUCUCCACCUUCUGCUACAACUCUUCCCACUGUUUCCACAUCACGAGCAGACCAAGGAUCCACUUCUGACCCAGCUGAUCUGUCUGCUGAGGCCCAGUCGUCAGAGUCCACUCAAUCGAAGAAGCCGAGGUCAUCGUCUGCGACGACCUCGGGUUCCAAAAUACCAAGAGUCCUCUGGGUGCCUGAAAUCACCCUGGAAGAUAAGCCUGUUCUAGCUUCUGAAAGUGCCGAAGACAUAAACGUCGGUAUGGCACUCAGUACUGCUGUCCUCUUUCCUGGUGAUCUUGAGCGAAAUGCCAAGAUGAGCGAGUACGAGAACUACGCCUUCAUGCUCCAACGCUCUGUACAAGCCAUUCAACAUGCCCAUUCUCUCUUCAUGCAAGCUUUUGAAACAAGGGAGAAGUUGGCCGAUAUGAGGCGGGAGAUGAAGAAGCUGGAAGAUCAGGCCGAAGCUGCCACUAAGGCCCAACAGAUGGUUGAAGAAAAAGCGAAGUCUGCUGAGGCUAUCAGAAAAGUUGCCGAGGCCAAGAAAAAAGAGGCCGAGCUUAACAUUCUUGACGAUUCGCUACUGCGCAAAGCCGACGCUAUUCCUCUGUCGUUCCCCCCACCUCCUUCAUCAAGUCAACCUGAAGGAAAAUCUGAAUCUGAGUCUGAAGGUGAGAAGGAAGGUGAGGACGAGGCUUUAGUAAGGAAGUCCAAAGAGGCUGGUGAGAUCAAGUCCCCUCCUCAGGAUGAUCAAGUCCUAGACUUGACUCAUAAGGAGGAUGAGGAGGUUAUUAAGGAGACCACUCCUGAGCAAGCGUCAUCUGAUGUUCCUCCAGUCGGCAAGAGCGUUGAUGAAACCCUUGCUGAGAUCGACGCCGAGAUUGCUGCAAAUAAAGAAGCCGAGGUAUCUCUUCAGGAGACUUCUCAGGUUCAGAUCCAGCCAGUUGCUGAUGCUGAAAAGUCUUAG